CAGGAGGUCUUCUGGCGGGCGGCGGCAGUGGUGAUGAUGGUGGGGGCGCGGCUCGGGGCAUGGCGGCCUUCAUGGAAGACCAAAAAGAGCAGCAGUUGGGUGCCCGGCAGGAAUCCCGGCGCCAGGAGCGCCACCGGGCGCGGGAGCUGCUGGAGGAGGUGGCGCCGCGGGAGAGCGGCAGGGACAAAAUGGUUGCGGAGCGCGCCGCCCGGCGGGAGCUGGCUCGCAGCCGCGACGACGAUGGCCCGGGCGGCUUCGUCCCGGGAGGGGGGCGGGGCGGCGAGGAUGCACUGAUGGGCGGGGGGGACAGCUGGGAGGCAGCCAAGGCCAGGGAGGCGCGUCGCGCGGAGGCCGCUCGUCAGCGCGGGGUGGUGCGGGGCGAGGAGGCGGCUGCGCGGGCCGCUGCCUACGCCGCCAAGGAGGAUGAGAAGCUGGCGGGGCUGCGGGCACUGUUAGCCAAGGGGCCCAUAACCAUCGCCAAGAGGACACAGUAGGGCAGGAGGAGGAGGGGGUUAAGAGCUUUGAACUAGACAAGGCUUCACGGAUGAGGAGAAGGAAGAGGAAGAGGAGGAGGCGGAGGGAGAUAGUGGUGGUGCUGAUGCGGGAUGCAGCAGCGCAGCAGUUGUGCUUGUUGAGCAGCGGGGCAGGGGUGUAGGGUUGGGUUCGCCAGAUCCUAUUACCGUCAGUGCUUGGAAAGCACUGUGGCGGUCGUUCAUUACCCGUAAUCAGCGACCAGAAGGCGCUGGGAAUAGGAGCCCCACAAGAAGGGCAAUGUGGGUGGCGGUAGUGUGGUGGAGGUGGAGGUGGGCAGAGGCCACCUCUGGGUUGGCGCCCGAGUUGUGGGGCGGGAGGCGGGUGCUGAGAGCAGAAAAGCAUUGGAGGGGCGGUUCGUUGGUUGAGGUGUUGCUCUUUUGCCUGCAAAAAAGGGUUACUGGAGAUGUAAACGCAGGAUGGGCAUUUAAACUCCAAUUGUCAGGCUGCAUGCGCGGUGUCUUGCCUUGGCUUCGGAUCGGUUUGCAUGACUCAGGCAAGCAUACGCCAAAGGCCGCUAUGCUUAAUGCAUUCUCCAUGGCUUAGACCUUUAGUCCUUACAUACUUCUCUUUAUCCAGUAUAAAUGGUGUGAUAUCCUUCCUUCGGUAACUCGAAUUGAAAGCUCUGGUGGGCUGCUCACCUUUGUUCAAGCCUCAUGUCAGCUACAGCAUCUGCAGACAAGGCGGAAGGAGCUGCGAAGAACGGCGGGGCUUCGGAGUCUUCCGGGGGUCCUCCUGCUAAGACAUGUUGCGUAUGCGGUGCAUCCCCAGCACCCGGAAAGCGGCUACAGCGCUGCACUGGAUGUCUUUCUGCGCUUUACUGCAGCCCGGCAUGCCAGAGAGCCGCAUGGCCAGAGCACAAGCCAGAAUGCUCGCGGUGUAAGAAGUUUGACGUCCAUGCCGCAUCACCCCUCUUUGCCGCGCUUGCUUUCCUGCCGAGAAUGGCAACCGAGAACCCCAUGCUGCGCUAUGAAGUGAUUAAGAAGGAGCUAAGGGGACGCGAGUUGCACAUGUACAUGGGCAACAAAAUUGGCAGGCAGCGAAUGAUGCCGGAAUUCGACAUGAGCGGCAGCGGCAUUGGACCUUCCCGACAACAGCUUCACCACAUGGUCCAAUCGGACGGGCAACUAGAGGCCGCUGUGGUCGGCACCAUGUACGGCUUCCACGUUGCUGUACAAGAGUACAACAACCGCCGCCUGUGGAAGGGCAGCCGUACGGCAACCAGCAGCGACCCCGCGCCGCCACAAGAUUACGUGGCGCUCGUACACGGCGCCGCCAAGAUCACCGAGUACGGCAUCGCCAUUGGAUCCACGAACCCCGACUACUCCCUAGUCUACCACCUUGACAACAACAAGGAGGUGGUGCAGCUGCAGGACCCGCGCAACCACGUGUGGGUGUACUUCAGCACGGAGCGCGCCUGCCGACUGUUCUUAGACGUGGGCUCCUUGCCGUACGGCAUGGGCCUCAUGCUCAACGUCAUCCCCUACCUCCCGGAGGCGACCCCCGAGACCUACCUCAAGUUCGCCACCCCCUCCCUGGGCGCCCCCGCCGCCGUGAUGGACCGCUACGACACGCUGCCGGUGCCGCCGGGCGGGCGCCUGCAGCCGGGGCAUGCGGUGGCGGUGGCGCGGCAGGCGGGGUACCUGGCGGACCGCAAGCGCAUCCCCGUCAGCAGCCUCCCCGUCAGCAAGCGAGAUCCGGAGGGCGCCAUCCGCUCCCUCCUCACCCAGCUACGGGAGGCAGCGGAGCCGCCGCCGGCCCCGACGGCGCCGUCGGCAGCGGCCGCCGCCGCUGCCGUUCCGCCCUUGCCAGCCAAGGCAGCGGCGGCGGCGGCAGCGGCGGUCGCGUUGACGCCGCCGACGCUGGCGGCGGCGGUGGUGGCGGCAGCGGCGGAGUCGACGGUGGAGGCCGCCGCCGCCGCCAUCGCCAGCACCAGCAAGGCCCCGCGGGUACCCUUCCGCGACGGGCCCAUGGAGGACGUUGUACGACAGGCCUUGCCGUACUUUGAGUGCGCCUUCAACAACACCUACGCCGUACUGGAACAGGGCACGUACAAGCGCUACCCUGCUACGUUGGAUGGCAGCCGCUGCUUCGCCCCGUGGGUCGACCUGUCGGGGCUAGACCGCCGGCAGCCGCCGCCUGAUGUGAACAUCUCCGGCCCAGCAGGCAGGCGGAAGGCCUCAGGUCGCAGUGGCAAGAGCUGAUGAAUGGACGGGACGGUGGUGGAGGAUGGGGGCCGGGGGGUAAAAGGGGGCGAAACUAACCGGGAGACAAUGCUUCAAUAUGGGUUGCAACACGGUUGGGAAUAGAAGCUGGAGAGGAGAGCGGGAAGGAAGGUUAGGUGUGGUUGUAAAUGGAUGGACGACGUUUUGUGCAUCACGAGUUAAUGUGUGGCAAGGACAGCGUUGCGGGUGGGCCGGGUAAGUAAGAAAUUAGGGGCGGUUGGACUGCAGUUGUUGUUUGGGACUACUACAGUUGACAUCUUUCAAGCAUUGUAGGUAACGUGCAGCUUAGUUUGCGAGCAACUAGGCAGACUGCAGUAACAAUGUGCGGAAGGUAUCGCCCGCUUUCUGGUUUUGGGAUCCCUGUAACAGCCAUUCACGGAGGCACGAACCCUGAGCCUAAAUCGGGGGUAUUGCCACGCGCUCAUGCAACACGACGAACAAUUCUAUUUGUCCAGAAUGAGCAACAAACAUCUUGGCUAUUUGCAGCAGCCACGAAAUCCAACACGUGUCCCAUUGUCC